AUGGAUUGGGUUUUCGUGCCCUCUUCCAGGGGAUCAAACCGGUGUCUUUUACAUCUCCUGCACUGGCAGGUGGGUUCUUUACCACUAGCGCCACCUGGGAAGCCCCUAAGUGUAUCUAUUCUCCAAACUUCCCUCCCGUCUAGGCUGCCACAUAACCUGGAGGAGAGUUCCCUGUGCUACACAGUAGGUCUGUCUUGGUUAUCCAUUUUGAAUACAGCAGUUGAACCCAUUUUCUGAGGCUCCUGCUCACACUUGGAAACUAAUUCACCUAACUGGCUUUUCUUUCUGGAUUAUUUCCUCCCUUAGAGUGUUCUGCUUUCUGAACUGCAGCUGGAAAUAUGCUGGGGAAUUUUUAAGAAGGAGUAUAUUACUUGCGAUUAGAGUUGAAAUCACGGCAUAUUUAUCUUCCAUCUUUAUUUUUACCAUAAUGUUUGUAUGUGUCAACAGUUGAGAGGUCUUUUUGACCCAUUGAGAUCUGCUAGCCCUACUUUAGAACAGGAAACUCUUAAAAGAAUAAACACAAGGUUGGUGGGACUAAGUAUGUCUGCAUGUAAGGAGUGGUGCUGGAGGCUCAAAUAUUGGUAUCUCUUGACCAAAGUCUUCUUCUCUGAAUAUGUUUUCCAAAAACGAUUAUUAAUGGGAACUGCGGGUUACUUUUACUUUGCCACAUAAGCUCUUCUGAAUUGGUAGACCUGGAUUCCAGGUUCAACUCAGUCCCCACUAGCUGUGUAGCCUUAGGCAUGUAUUUUUAAAACAUCUUAGUUAUUCUUGGCUGCGCUGCUUCAUUGCUGCACGUGGGCUUUCUCUAGUUGCAGAGAGCUGGGGCUACUCUCUAGUUGCAGUGGGAGGGCUUCUCAUUGCGGUGGCUCCUUUUAUUGUGGAGCAUGGAUUCUAGGGCGCAAGGGCUUCAGUAGCUGAAACACAUGGACUCAGCAGUUGUGGCUCGAGGGCUUCAUUGCUCCACAGCUUGUGGAAUCCUCUCAGACCAGGGAUCAAACCACUGUCCCCUGCAUUGGUAGGCCUGGAUUCUUAACCACAUCCAGAGACAUCCUGCCUUAAGUAGAUUACUCAACAUUUCUGAGCCUUAGUUGUCUCACUUGCAAAAUAAGACCAAUUUCACUUCACAGAGUUGUCUAAGAUAAAAUGUGAAGGCAUCUAUCUAGGCAUAUCUUUAUGAUUCAAAGAAUGAAUAGCAGAGCUGCCUCCUCAACAUUUUAGUGUGAAAAAUUUUCAACAUUUCUAGAGUUUAAAGAAUUUUAUAAUAAGACUUCUCUGGUGGUCCAGUGGUUAAGGAUCCACUUUGCCAACCAGGGAACUCCCGGUUGAUCCCUGGUUGAGGACCUAAGAGCCCACAUGCCACAGAGCAACUAAGCCAGAGCGCUGCAACUACUGAGCCCAGGAGCCACAACUAGAGAGUCUAUGCACUGCAAAGAAAGAUCCUGAAUGACGCAAUGAAGAUCUCCCAUGCCACAACCAAGACUCAACACAGACAAAUGAAGAAUUUUAUGGUAAACACUCAUAUGUUCAUCAUGGUGUGGUUGCUCCCAUGACACAGGCAGGAUCUUAGUUUCCCAACUAGGGAUCCAACCUGGGCCCCCUUGCAUUAGGAGCGGGGAGUCUUAACCACUGGACCACCAGGGAAGUCAUUAUAUUAACUUUUAAAAGCCAUGCACAGUAAUCAUUUCGGAAAAACUUGAACCGAAAUUUGGGUGGGAGGGUGCUCAAGAGGGAGAUUAUAUAUAUAUUAUGGCUGAUAGCCCUUAUUGCACAGCAACACCCAACACAUUAUAACGCAAUUUUCCUCCAAUUAAACACACACACACAGGUAAUUUAAAACUUCCUAAUUCCAGCUUCACCAAGAACCUUCCUACGUCGACUCCAGUCCAGAGAUCAAGACAGCCGAGCCGCUGGUGCAAGGAGUCGGGUGUGCCCCGCGGCGGGGGAGAGAGUAAACCAGUACGUGGUCUCUACCUCGGCGACACCGGGUUAGGACAGGUGUGCGUCUUGCCGCAGGAGCCAGGACCCGCUUCCGGAUCCGCGGUCGGGAGGUGUUGGGGCCGUUGGGACACAGUGCAGGGCUCCACAAACGCCGAGGUCCUUGGUGGGUUCCACAUCCGGCUCACCGAAACUUAUGGGCGAAAACGCCGCACAACCUCUGUCUCGCGGCUCAGCCGCUUCCUGCUGUCGCGGCCAAUCACCCGCCGCCGUGCGACGUGGGCACGGAGAGUGCUAGAAGGCCCGGGGCCUUCCAUCUUUAUUGAAGGCAAGAAAACUACCCUUUGCCUUCCAGUGCUUUACAAGUCCACCUGCACAGCCAUUGUAUUUAAGGGCAAGUGAAAGAUGAGAAGCCAGACGGACGCCAUGUUUAAUACGGUCAAAGGACGGCGCCCUUAAGGGCAGACAGAAUUGAAGCCACGGUGUCGCCAUAUUUUCUAGAGGCACCUUCCGGGUCCCUUAACUCUGGUGUGUGUCCAAGCUGCCAUGAAGUGAAUAAACACCGAGGCGGUGUAUUUGUCCCCAUCAGAAUCCCGAAUCCCAGCCCUGCUACUUCGGUUCCCUUGGCUGCGUACGGAAGCCGAGGCUGGGCGGGGCCUCGGGCUCGGGAGCCCUUCUUGUGGACGACGAGAGCUGAGGCCGGGCGCGGGGACCAGGCGGCCGCUGCUCGGGGCUGGGAGGCCCCAUGGCGCCGCCCCCGGCCCCGCUCCUGGUGCUGAGACCGGGGGAGACCGGGCCUGGUUGCAAGAAGCCCUUGGCCGUGAGGUUCGCGGAUGUGGCCGUGUACUUCUCCCCGGAGGAGUGGGGGUGUCUGCGGCCCGCGCAGAGAGCCCUGUACCGGGACGUGAUGCGGGAGACCUACGGCCACCUGGGCGCGCUCGGAUUCCCAGGCCCCAAACCAGCCCUCAUCUCUUGGAUGGAACAGGAGAGUGAGGCUUGGAGCCCCGCCGCCCAGGAUCCUGAGGAGGGGGAAAGCCUGGGAGGAGCUCUGAGAGGAGCUACCCCCAACAAAAAGGAAGAGGAACCCGAAGCAGGACUAGGAGCCAAAGCACCGAGAAAGGCUCCUGGGAAGGAGAGGCCUGAGGAGCUGGUUAAACACAACCCUGGCACGACCGUCAGCAAAACCUCGGCCAGAGCACAGCCACCCAGACAGGCUGUCUGGGACCAGGGUGCAGGUGCUCAGUCCCCAGACCCUGUACCCAGCGCGGAUGCUCAGGCCAGCCAGCGGCGCCACGUGUGUGCAGACUGCGGCCGGCGCUUCACCUACCCCUCGCUGCUGGUCAGCCACCGGCGCAUGCACUCGGGUGAGCGGCCGUUCCCCUGCCCCGAGUGUGGCAUGCGCUUCAAGAGGAAGUUCGCCGUGGAAGCUCACCAGUGGAUCCACCGCUCCUGCUCUGGGGGGCGGCGGGGCCGGAGGCCCGGGAUCCGGGCUGUGCCUCGGGCCCCGGUCCGAGGUGACCGGGACCCUCCGGUGCUAUUCCGGCACUACCCGGACAUCUUUGAGGAGUGCGGGUAUCAGAGCGCGGACGCCGAAGCAGCUGCGGCCAUCUUAACUAUGGGCAAGAGGCCCUUGCAAGGCCACCGGCAGAACAGCAAGAGAAGACAACUCGAGCGCGGCGGGCGCGGGGACCCGGCGGGGAAGCUCGGGCGCUGCGCCUCCGAGGCCCGGCACCGCUCUCUGGAGAACGCCGGCCCCCACCCCCCGUGCCCGGGCCGGUGGCGGCGCCUUCCCGGGCGCCCUGUAGCCGCCGCGGCCAUGUUGGCUGAGGGCUCGAAGACAAAGCCACCUGGAGACAGCCGAGUGGCGUCAUCCGGGCACGAUGGCGCGGGAGCGAAAUGCGGGUGGCGCCGGCCGGCCGCCCGGAUGGCAUUUACGAUGGCGCCGCCCCCGGCCCCGCUCCCCGCGCGGGAACCUAACGGGGUCAGGCCCCAGGGGGAGACAUCCGAGCCCGUGAGCUUCGCGGACGUGGCCGUGUACUUCUCCCCGGAGGAGUGGGGGUAUCUGCGGCCUGCGCAGAGGGCCCUGUACCGGGACGUGAUGCGGGAGACCUAUGGCCACCUGGGCGCGCUCGGCUUCCGAGGCACCAAGCCAGCCCUCAUCUCCUGGGUGGAGGAAGAGGCAGAACUGUGGGGUCCAGAUGCCGGGCCUCCUGAGAUGGGAGAGUGUCUUACAGAAGCAGACACAGGUUCGGAAAACCAGGCAGAAAAAGGACAAAGAGGAGGGAGGGAGGCACUGAGGAAGAUUCCUUCUGUGGACGCUCAGCUUCCCGGGCUGACGGCUUUCAAACCCCUCUCUGCUGGCUUUCCUUAUGGUUGGCAGCAGCCACCGAAGGUACCUCGCCGGGGUCGUCCGCCACUCUCUGCCCAUCCCCCUGUCCCCAGAGCCGACCGGCGGCAUGGCUGCUACGUGUGCGGGAAGAGUUUCGCCUGGCGCUCCACCCUGGUGGAGCAUCUCUACACCCACACGGGCGAGAAGCCCUUCGGCUGCUCGGACUGUGGCAAGGGCUUCAGCCAGGCGUCCUCUCUGAGCAAGCACCGGGCCAUCCACCGUGGGGAACGGCCCCACCGCUGUCCGGACUGCGGCCGGGCCUUCACCCAGCGCUCAGCGCUCACCACCCACCUUCGGGUCCACACGGGCGAGAAGCCCUACCGCUGCGCCGACUGCGGCCGCUGCUUCAGCCAGAGCUCCGCCCUCUACCAGCACCAGCGGGUCCACAGCGGGGAGACCCCCUUCCCCUGCCCGGACUGUGGCCGCGCCUUCGCCCAUGCCUCCGACCUCCGGCGCCACGUGCGCACCCACACCGGCGAGAAGCCCUACCCGUGCCCAGACUGCGGGCGCUGCUUCCGGCAGAGCUCGGAGAUGGCCGCCCACCGGCGCACCCACAGCGGCGAGCGCCCCUACGCCUGUCCGCAGUGUGGCAGGUGCUUUGGCCAGAAGUCAGCCAUGGCCAAGCACCAGUGGGUCCAUCGUCCAGGGGCGGGGGUGCGCAGGGGCGGGGGUGCCGGUGGGCUGCCUGUGCCCCUGGCCUCUGCCCCAGGGGACCUGGACCCCCCCGUGGGCUUCCAGCAUUACCCAGAGAUAUUCCAGGAGUGUGGGUGAUGGCUUCAUGGGUGACAAGGCCAAGGGUGAAGAUGUAGACAUUGUCUGAGGCCCAAGAUGGCCUCAGGGACCUCAAACUCAGGCAACUCCGGGGAGGUCACAAAAUUCCCAGAGGGCACUGGACCUGGGGGUGGCGGGUGAGGACCAUUUUAUCUUAGGCCUUCACCAGUUUCAUCUGCUGAGACCUUGUCCCCUAUGGUCCCAGACUCUAGAGCCCCCUUUGUUGAGUCAGGGCUGAGGUAAGAACCCCCACUAGACUUCCACUAUGGGAAAGGCUGUUUCUCAGCUUAGGUGUAAGAGGACUGAGGUGGAAAAUUUUGUUUUAUCCACUGACUUGACUGCAGAAGUUAAAAACUGAUGGCCAGGUACUGAAUCUGGUCUCCCAACAGCCUUUUACAUGUAGUUUUAGACCAGCCAGCAUUUUUAAGUGUUAUGAAUUAUUUGUUAAGAUGUAAAAAUCAGGCUAUUUCACACACACAAAAAAAACAAGUUUCUGGCCUCUUGAAAAAAUCCAAAGAUUUGGCGACUUGACCUGAGUUCCCACAAAACCACCACUGACAGGAGCUGAGAGGCCCCUUUGAAUGGAGCCCAUGCUCUUCAGUUCAGCCCACCUGCCAACUCCUUAGCACUUCCUGACCAGUGUCAGCUGCCACUUGUCAUGUCUGUUUCUGGCAAAGCAGGCCCUCUCCAUCUGGCAUUUUCUACUCAUUUACAUGACCUGUUGGACUCCUAUAGUCAUUUUUUUAACAAUAUGUAUUUUUAAUACAUAAAAAUAUGUAUUUAUUUAUUUGGCUGGUCUUACUUGCGGCACGCAGGAUCUAGUUCCCCAACCAGGGAUCAAACUCAAGCCCGCUGCAUUGGGAGCACUGAGUCUUAGCCACUGGACCACUAGGGAUGCCCCCUCCUAUAGUCAUUUGAGUUUACAAACUAGUCUAUGGCAUUCAGUUGUUUUGAAUCAGGGAUUCAGGUAGAGAGCACAUUUGUGAAAGGGCAGCAGGAGAGAAGUAAAAGCAGGCUUCUCUGUUAGAUCUUGGCUCAUAUUGCAUUUUAUGGUUUACAAAGGACUGUCUUGUCCAUCAACUCAAUUCACCCUCAUAAUUGCCUAUGGAAGGAAGCAUCUGCUUGGAGAGGACAGAUCAUCAGGAAGAGGCAGUUAGGACUGAAUCUUUUCAGUAUUUAUUUAUUUGGCUGCAUUGGGUCUAGUUGUGGCACACAAGCUCAGUAGUUGUGGGGCACAGGUUUAGUUGCCCUGUGGUAUGUAGGAUCUUUGUUCCCAGGCCAGGGAUUGAACCUUCAUCCUCUCCAUUGGAAGGUGGAUUCUUAACCAGUGGACCACCAGGGGAGUUCCAGGACUGAAUCUGUUGCCCCAAACAAGUGGUGUCUCCACCUCGGCACCCCUCAGCUGACCUACACUUCCUGUUUCUGAAGAAGGACCCAAGAGCCCCUGUGAUGUGUCAGAUCUUUAUUCCCUUCUUGGGCCUCCCUGGGAGAGCCCUAUGGCUUAGGCUUUGCCACUUUAGGCUCAGAUGGGAAGGCCUCAUUACAAUUUUUUUUAAUGGCUUUAUUUCAUUUAAUCUUUUGCUCUGUGGCAUGUAGGAUCUUUGUUCCCUGAGCAGGGAUCAAACCUGUGCCCCUUGCAUAGGAAGCGCAGAGUCUUAACCACUGGACCACCAGGGAAGUCCUCAUUGCAUUUUUGAACUGAAAGAGAUCUUAGGCUUUCCAUCCUUGUGCAGUUGGGGACACAGACUGGGAAAGACUGAGUAACCUGCCCAAGAUCUAACACAGGGCGAGAGACGCUACGAUUCUGGGUUUCCUUCUGUCUUCACCACACCACUCCUGAGUUCCUUGCCAGUGUCUCAGCCAGGGUUCUGGAGGCAUCUCCCAGACAGGGACAGAGCAGCCCAGUGUCAGUGAAGCCCAGGUACAGGAUGAGUGACAAAGCCAACAAGGCAAGGGAAAAACCAGCCUGAGAGGAGAGUUCCAGGGCCAACAAAAUCAAAGCUUGCAUCUUCACUCUCUAGGAUCUCCAUCACAAGCAAAGGGGGACCAGAACAGGAACAUUUGGAGUCAAUAGCCAGAGGGAACUGUGCUUGUCUAUAUUCCCAAGCUCUGCACAGAAUCCCUCCCCCAUCACCCUGCGACUCUAUUAUUCAUCUACCACUCAUUUCUUUGUGGUCAGAGUCCAGCAUUGCCCAGGUGAUGGAAGCAGCCAGCCAUGGACAGACAGACUUUCCUGCCACUGGUCAGGACAACCUUUCACCUCAAGUAGGAUUAGCAAAGGCUUAUGUCCUCGGUUGCCUUCUGACAACUCAGCCCUGUGUCUGGCCUAACUUAGGAAGAAACCAGAUCUGUCAACCUAAAGGAACUUCUAAAGGAAGAGCUUGAAAAUUUGGGGAAAAGACACUGUUGAGGUAAACUGAUGAACUGACUUGAUUCCAACCUAAUUGGCCCCACCAAGACCUCUCUUAGCCUUAAGUUCACUGGGAGAAUCUGCCAACUGUCACAAGGGAAAUGUGGGAGUGAGGAGAGGCACCUUGGCAGUAGUAGCUACCUUUUAAUCCCCUAAAGAAGCCAUCCUUCUGCCCUUCAGCACUGCCUGAGGAACUCACAGCCUGCAACACCAGUUCUCAGCUCAGCCUCAAAACCAGAUCUAGACCCUGCCCUGAGCUUGCAAAUUAAAAGUAUUGUAAUUACUA